AUGCCACAGUUGUAUCACCUCUGGCUACCUGUAUGCCCUCCUGAUGUUCAUUCAAGUCUGUAUUUUGCAUUGCAGUUUAGUGUUGUUUCACCUUGCUAUUACUUGUUUUACUUAGCAUUUUAUGAUUUUUAUUUAUUUCUUUCCCCAAAGAUCUUCAGUCUUGAUCUUGGAGGUAUAUCUGCUAUUGUACUGAACGGCUAUGAUGCGGUAAAAGAAUGCCUUGUUCAUCAAAGCGAAAUUUUUGCAGAUAGACCGUCUCUUCCCUUGUUUAAGAAGCUGACAAACAUGGGAGGCUUACUGAACAGUAAAUAUGGCAGAGGAUGGACAGAACAUCGCAAAUUAGCUGUAAAUACCUUUCGAACUUUUGGAUAUGGUCAAAGGUGCUUUGAACACAAAAUUACAGAAGAAUCAACGUUUUUUCUUGAUGCCAUCGAUACAUACAAAGGCAGACCAUUUGAUCUUAAGCACUUGAUAACAAAUGCUGUUUCAAACAUUACUAAUUUGAUUAUUUUUGGAGAACGUUUUACAUAUGAAGAUAAUGAAUUUCAGCACAUGAUUGAGAUUUUCAGUGAAAAUAUUGAAUUAGCUGCUAGUGCUUCUGUAUUUUUAUAUAAUGCUUUUCCUUGGAUUGGUAUCUUGCCAUUUGGGAAACACCAGCAGCUGUUUAAAAACGCAGCUGAAGUCUAUGACUUUCUUCAUGAGCUUAUUGAACGUGUCUCUGAAAAUAGGAAGCCUCAGUCACCUCGACAUUUUGUAGAUGCAUAUUUAGAUGAAAUGGAUUGCAAUGAAAAUGAUCCAGAAUCUACAUAUUCAAGAGAAAACUUAAUUUUCUCUGUUGGAGAACUCAUCAUAGCUGGGACAGAAACCACAACAAAUGUGUUAAGAUGGGCAGUGUUAUUUAUGGCUCUCUAUCCAAACAUUCAAGGGCAAGUUCAAAAAGAAAUUGAUCUAGUCAUCGGCCCAAACAAAAUGCCUGCCUUAGAAGAGAAAUGCAAAAUGCCGUACACUGAGGCUGUUCUACAUGAAGUUCUAAGAUUCUGUAAUAUAGUUCCACUAGGUAUUUUUCACGCAACUUCCAAAGAUACUGUUGUGCGUGGUUACUCUAUUCCCGAAGGCACUACAGUCAUUACAAACCUCUACUCCGUUCAUUUUGAUGAAAAAUACUGGAGCAACCCAGAGGUGUUUUUUCCUGAGAGAUUUUUGGACAGCAGCGGGCAGUUUGUCAAGAAAGAUGCAUUUAUUCCUUUUUCACUAGGAAGAAGACAUUGUCUUGGAGAACAACUAGCUCGAAUGGAAAUGUUUUUGUUUUUCACUUCAUUACUACAACGAUUUCACCUGUCUUUUCCUCACGGUGUGAUUCCAAAUCUCAAACCAAGAUUAGGCAUGACGUUACAACCACAGCCGUACCUCAUCUGUGCGGAAAGACGGUGA